GAGCUGCGAGUGGCAGGCGGGCAGGCUUUGCGCGCAUCAUCCCUGUGUGGGUGGGUUUGUGAGUUAGCAGCUAGUGAGGGAGGAGGGGUGUAUCCUAGCUGGGAGCUUUUCCCUGUUGUAGUAACCAGCCACACGCCGACUGCCAGCUAUUACUUCACUGCAGCAGGAGUCGGCCCCUUCGCACUGAGUGAGCCAGACACACUAACCUGACUGUCCCCUCCUUUCUCUGCUCUCCCCUCUGCAUAUUCAGCAGAGCUGCCCUCCUCUCCUCCUCAUCACUGUGCCACUCCUGCGGCGCUCUUCUUUGCUUGAAGGGGACGUUGGCCUGCUCCUCACCCACUGGUUCUGCAUGACUGUCACAAAGAUGUCAUGGCGCCCGACCUACCGAAGCUCCAAGUUUCGAAAUGUUUAUGGCAAAGUAGGGAACCGGGAGCACUGCUUUGACGGCAUCCCCAUCACCAAGAACGUCCAUGACAACCACUUCUGUGCCGUCAACUCCAAGUUUCUGGCAGUCGUCACGGAAAGUGCCGGCGGGGGCUCUUUCAUCAUAAUUCCCUUGUCCCAGGCUGGCCGUCUGGACUCUCAUUACCCGAAGGUGUGCGGCCACCAGGGCAAUGUGCUGGAUAUCAAGUGGAAUCCGUUUUUUGAAAACGUCAUAGCCUCCUGCUCUGAGGACACCUCGGUUAGAGUAUGGGAGAUCCCAGAAGGAGGUCUGAGGCGUAACAUGAUGGAGGCGGUCCUGGAGCUAUAUGGUCACAGCAGACGAGUGGGUCUGAUCGAGUGGCAUCCGACCAGCAGCGGCAUCCUCUUCAGCGCCGGCUACGACUAUAAGAUCCUCAUCUGGAACCUGGAGACAGGAGAGCCUGUGAAAAUGAUCGACUGCCACACUGACGUCAUCUUGAGUAUGUCCUUUAAUACAGACGGCAGCCUGCUAGCCACCAGCUGCAAAGACAAGAAGCUGCGCGUCAUUGAGCCACGCUCUGGGAGAGUCCUCCAGCAAGCCAGUUACAAGAACCACCGUGUGAACCGAGUGGUCUUCCUAGGGAACAUGAAGCGGCUGCUGACCACGGGGGUUUCUCGCUGGAACACCAGGCAGAUUGCUUUCUGGGAUCAGGAAGAUUUGUCCAUGCCUAUUGUGGAGGAGGACAUAGAUGGCCUCUCAGGACUGUUGUUCCCCUUCUUCGACGCGGACACACACAUGCUGUACCUGGCAGGCAAAGGCGAUGGCAACAUUCGUUACUUUGAAAUCACCACAGAGAAGCCGUACAUUCAGUAUCUAAUGGAGUUCCGCUCUCCAGCCCCACAGAAAGGACUGGGUGUGAUGCCGAAGCACGGGCUGGAUGUGGCGGCCUGCGAGGUGUACCGCUUCUACAAACUUGUCACCCUCAAGGGUUUGAUUGAACCCAUUUCUAUGAUUGUGCCAAGAAGAUCUGAUACAUACCAGGAGGACAUCUAUCCAAUGACAGCCGGGACCGAACCUGCCUUGUCCGCCAGCGAGUGGCUAAGUGGGAUUGAUAGAGACCCAGUGCUGAUGUCUCUGAAGGACGGUUACCACAGACCAAACCAGUUAGUUUUUAAAGCCCCAGUGAAGGAGAAGAAGAGUGUGGUGGUGAACGGGAUUGACCUGCUGGAGAAUGUCCCACCCAGGACAGAGAAUGAGCUCCUACGAAUGUUUUUCCGGCAGCAGGAUGAGCUGCGGCGGCUGAAGGAGGAGCUGACCACGAAGGACGUACGAAUACGCCAGUUGGAGCUGGAGCUCAACAACCUGAAAAACGUUAGCCCCAAAGACGUCUGACCUCCGAGCCUUGUGGACUGGCAAAGCUGCUUCCUUUGCUCCCCGAUUCUGACCUCCAGAUAGCCUCCGAGUCCCACCAUGUUGCUUUUUUUAAAGAACUUUCCUGCAUAGAGUACAAAUAAACUGUUGGAUAACGUCUUAACCGAUGCAAUUACUGGAUUCUUAUACUGUAGUAGUAUUUAUUAUCAUUAUGAUGAAGAACGGGCAGUUCAGGGAUUUUCAAUUUAAAAUGUGAUCAAUCGGGGGGGGAAAUAUAGUACAUGUCCUGUUUCCUCUAUGGAGAUAGCUCUUCAUUCAGUCAUUUAUUUUUAACUUCAGCACAUAAACAUUUGUGCCAUUUUCCCUGACCUUUUCUUUGUAUGGAAAUGCCUUGUUAGAAAUGCAAAAAAAAAAGAAGAAAAAAAGCCCCUUCACCUAUCCUGUGUUUCUGACUAAAUCUCCCUCUUUCUCACUUCCUGUUAAACCAAAACAGGAUGAUAGACUCCUACCCAUCCUCCCCCAGCCCGUGCAGUUUGCAGUAAGCUGCAGCAUUAUCCCAGAAUAACAGAGGUGAAGUAGUUUCACACCUGUCAAGUAGAGAAGCAUUUUGCAGACAUGGAUUGUGUUUUUUUUGUUUUUUUUUUCUCUAAAAAAGCUGCUUAUCCUGUAACUGCUUUCCUUCACCUGUGGUAUAAAAUGACUUCUCAACACUGACUCAUAGCGCCACAAAUCCCGUCUUUUCCUGAGAAGAGCGGAUACUUAACUUAGGUUUUUGACUCUGUGUUCAAAUAGUGCAAAAGUAGAGAACACAGAUGGUAGACAUGUGUAACUACUCACAUUUGUCCUCCGCUGAGGCUGCUUUUUAGUGGGCCAUUUUGAAGAAUUGAGGAUGAUAAACAUUUGCUUCCAUUUAUUUGACACAUUUUAACUUUUUUAGCUGACAACUUGCCUACUUAUUAACCCAUUUUUUUGUAUAACAUAGCAAAAGUAACGGUUUUGAUGCUCUCUAGAUAGUGCUGUGUGUAUGUGACUGAAACGAUGCGAAAUCUGUAUGGAGCUGCUAAUUAUACGACUGUAACUGGGGAUGCGUUUGCUUUUAGUUGUCAUUCUGCUUUAGUCACCUGUUUCUAAUUCACAUGUAACAACAAACCUUGGCUACACUGCAGUUUAAGUGCCUCUAUUUAAUGUUUUAGGCGGCUCUAAAUUACACUUGAUUAGCUGUAUUUUAACAGCUGGGUUUUCUAUGCAAGCUAAAUUUCAGCCAACCUUUUGUUGUCUUUGAUUCUGCUUCCUGUAAAGCAAGGCAAAGAAAAAGGAAGAAUCCACCAGACGAAAGAGAAGAAAGUAUAACAGGUUUUGAAAAAAGGCUGCAAUACGGUAGACAUCGGAAGGGGAGGCAGGAGGUUCGGAGUAGGUAGCCAAAUGGUAUCUUUGCUUUGAUAUUGUCAAAUGCUUCGAACUUGAAUUUUUAACAAAUCAAUUAAAUGUGUUUGCAUUAUACCGCACCUCAGAUUUUGUAAACGAAAAACAGAAAAACUCAUCCUUCUGAUCGUAAACUUCAGUUUGUUCCCUCUAACUACUCUUUUAAAAAUUUCUAAAUGAGGGACAGAUUUGAUGUUUUUUUUUCUUCCCCUUCAAUUUGACAUUCUAAUGUAGACAGUUAAGAAAUGAACACAAAAGAUUGGGCUUAAUUGUAGGCUAAACAUAUUUCCUUUGAUCUCAGGUUUCUUUGCAUUUGGCAUGCCAGCUGAGGUCUGUAAAGUCUGAGUCACAGCGCCUGGGAUUUUGCAGCUUUUCUAAACAUUUUGUCAGAAUAAACUGGUGCAUCCCCUU